GCUUUAUCUCCAUGCCCAGUCCAACUGCUGUCUGAGUCCCUCCCUCCUGCAGGCGCUGGCAGAAGAUAAGAAGAAGAAGGACCAACAGCAGCUCUGUGCUGAAAAGGAAAGGCAAUGUGUGAAGACACCAGCUAAAAUAUCCCUGAAUCCUUUCCUCCAACAACCUUCAAAAGAUCUGGUUUUGGGAUAUUUCAUAGCAAUAGACAUUUUCCUCUCACUUUUGGAAGUUAGUAGAUUUGUAUUGUUAUCCAAGAUCUUUGUGAAGAAUGCUCAACAGGAGAAACAUCCAGAAAAGUUAUGUAUCUAUAAUGUGCAAUUUAUCGGAUAUGUUUAUAUUAUUUCAAAAAUGCUAUAUAGUUAUCUGUUUAGGUAUGUACUGAGAUAUUAAAAUCAACAAUCAGGUUAGAAAAUAUGAUUCAAUGUUCUAUCUUAAACCCCGCCCAACCAACUGCAAUGUUACUUGUAAAUUAAGGAACAAGUGUAAUAAUAUGAUAUAAUAUAAAGUGAAUAACAAAUAUAACAGGACCUUCUGAAUAAUUUGCAAUUGAAUAAUUGCCCCUUUCAAAGACUUCCAAUGUAAAAGUGAAAGUACUCAUUAUAAAGAAUGUUCCAUUAUGGAGCACUUCAAAUUUCAAAACAGUAUUUUUAGUUUUUUGCUGACUUUCUCAUCUUCUAGGCAAAAGAUAAUAUUUUUUGCAUAUAAAUUAUUUUCUUCUGCAGAAAUUUAAAGAAAUUAUAUUUCAGGGACUUUUCUGUUUUGUUUUGAGAAAUGUACAACUAGUUACUGUCCAUGGCAGCUUCUUACAAAUCCUGUGGACAAUGCAUUUCAAAUAGGAGUAUAAUAUUUUCCUCCAACUUGUCAACCGAUUAGUUUAAUGGCUUAUAUUAACAGAUCCAUAAUAUAUUGAAUAAUUUAUUAACUAUAAAUUAUAAUCUACAAUAAAUCCUUAAUAAGCUGUGUUUUAUUGGAAUAAGUGGUUCCUAAAAAACUCUAUUAAUUAAGUGAUGAGUGGAGACACGAGGAUUCUCAGUGUGUCGUGUCUCUGUAUCUGUGGUGCAGUGAAGCAUGUCAUGAAAUGAUCGGUGUGAGUCGUGACCCUGCAGCUCUGUCAGCUCACUGCUGUCGCUUUAAGACCCAUUUCCCCCCAUUGUCAAAGAGUCGUGAGCAGGAAGAGGGAAACGAGAGAGAGAGAGCGAGAGAGAGAGAGAGAGAGGGGGGCCGAUGUUAUUUAAACACGCUGCUGCUGCUGCACAAUAACCGAGGCUGCAUGUGGAGGAGCGUGUCUGCUGCACGCACACUGGAAAACUCACAUGCACACACGCACGCAGAUCCACGCCAACGCUGACCUUCGGAUGAAUAAAAAGCGCGUACGGUGCGCAGGACGUUUGAGGGACGUGAAGUGUCCCCACGGGUUAGUGCCUCAGGAAAUGAUGACAGUGUCCUCCAUCAUCGCUUAGCUGCUCACAGAGGUCUCGCUCUUUUGUGUGCGAGUGUGUGUUGCGGCCGUUUCACCUGGACGUGAUAUAGAGUGUUAAUCUGACAGUGAAGGCUCAGAGAGUGAGGGGGUCCUGGUGGGGUCCUGGUGGAGGCAGGUGGAGGCAGGUGGAGGCAGGUGCACCGCCCCCUUGGCUUCAGGUUGCCCGCUGGCGCUUUGACAGGGAGCCGCUGAGCUGUGGACCCUGAGGACUCAUCUGGAUCAGACUGGACUCCAGAUAUCAGCUAUGUCGUCCGCAAUAGAGAGGAAGACAAUGGAGGCCAACGAGGAGCCGGUGGACGAGGUCCUCCAGAUGCCCCCCUCUCUGCUGUCAUGUGGUGGCUGUCAGCAGAGCAUCGGUGACCGGUUCUUCCUGAAGGCCAUAGAGCAGUACUGGCACGAGGACUGUCUGAGCUGCGACCUGUGUGGCUGCCGGCUGGGCGAGGUGGGCCGACGACUCUACUACAAGCUCGGCAGGAAGUUAUGUCGGAGAGACUACCUCAGGCUCUUCGGUCAGGACGGUCUCUGUGCCUCCUGUGAGAAGCGGAUCCGAGCGUUUGAGAUGACGAUGCGCGUGCGGGACAAGGUUUACCACCUGGAGUGCUUCAAGUGUGCCGCCUGCCAGAAACACUUCUGUGUGGGCGACCGCUACCUGCUCAUCAACUCUGACAUUGUGUGCGAGCAGGACAUCUUUGAGUGGACCAAACUCAACAACAACAUGGUUUAGGAGAAGCUCUUGAGUCUCUCUCUCCACUUUGCCUUGUCCAACUGGCUUUAAAGGCAAUGAACCAUUUAUGGAUGAACUUGUUGUAGCCUGUACACUGUACAGGCUUCGUCCUGACUCUGAUGUUCCUGUUGACUCAUUUAAAUCAGAAAUGAGAGGUGACAUCUCUGCACUGCUCCCUGCUGGAGACUAAUGAAGACUGCACCAGCAAUAACAGUAUUUCUUGUAAAACUUCACCCUUAAACAUGCAAUAAUAUUUUUAUCGUGUUAUCGACACUGGACUUUUGGGAAUUUAGCAAUAAAGUAAGAAAUUUGGAAAUGUUUAAUUUGACAGUUAUUUGAUAGUUAUUUCUAUAGAUUAAUUUGAUACUGAUUAAAUACAUAUUAUGAACUUUGUUAAAAGAGCUGCUCAAAUGAAACACAAAUUAUUAAUUCAUUGUUUUACUUAUUUCUCCUUAUAUGUUGAACAGUUUGCAUUGUUAGCUAACCUGCUCCACAAUCUAUUUUCUGUCUUAUUAGAAUUAAACUACACAGUUCAUUCCAAAACCUGCCAAGUAAACCACUAAGACCUGUAAAAUAAAGCGUCCACCAGAUUUUCAGUAAUUAUUAAUGGUGUAAAAUAUCAAUUUUUGAGGUUCCUGAUCAGAACGAUUGUAUGGUAUUGCAAGUUGAACUGGUGUCGCCCUCUAGUGUCGACACCUGUUGGUGGAGGAAACCCAUGCAAUACUAAUUUUAUUGACUUCCUCACGUGUUUCCUUUGUCUCCUCUGUAACAUCAACAACUCAUUGAGUUUGCACACAGGGAUUUUUAGAUGUUAACUUGUGGAUUAAUAAAUAAACGAGGUGUUUAUCCACUUGA